AUGUCUCAACGCAGUAUUAUCAAGGAUGUUGUCAUCACGCCGGUGGCAUUCCAUGACAUGCCCCUGCUGAACAGUGUGGGUGUUCAUGAACCAUUUGCACUGCGCAGCAUCAUCGAGGUCAUCACCGAAGAGCAUUAUGGCUUGGGUGAAUCUUACGGAGAUUCGACUCACUUGAGUCGUCUACAAAAGGCCGCCGAGCAGAUCAAGGGCCUCUCAGUACACAACACAAACCUCAUCUACAAGAAAUGUGUCGAGUCUCUGACUGGUGACACAAGUACUGGGGGGGACGGCAUGGCAGGCAUGGUGACAACGGCCAGUGUUACCGAUAAAGUCUUUUCCCCAUUUGAAGUCGCCUGCUUUGACAUCCAGGGCAAGCUGGCCGGUGUCCCUGUCAGUGACUUGCUGGGUGGACGUGUAAGAGACAAUGUCCAAUACUCGGCGUACCUCUUUUACAAGUGGGCGGGACACCCCGGCGACGAAGACGAUGAGUACGGUCCAGCUUUAGAUCCUGCUGGAAUUGUCAAGCAAGCAAAGAAGAUCAUCGAUGAGUAUGGCUUCAAGGCUAUCAAACUCAAGGGAGGUGUCUUUCCUCCGGCCCAGGAGGUUGAGGCCGUAAAGGCGUUGCAUGCUGCAUUCCCUGGUCUACCCUUGAGACUCGACCCCAACGCUGCAUGGACUGUCGAGACGUCCAAAUGGGUCGCCAAGGAGCUUGAUGGUAUCGUCGAGUACUUGGAAGACCCCGCCCCGGAGAUCGAAGGCAUGGCAGCCGUGGCCAAAGAAUCGCCCAUGCCGCUGGCUACCAACAUGGCCGUGGUGUCUUUUGACCAUCUCGUCCCCUCCAUUCAGCAGAACGCAGUCCAAGUGGUUCUUUCCGAUCAUCACUUCUGGGGCGGUCUUCGGAAAUCACAAACAUUGGCAUCCAUCUGCGCAACCUGGAAGAUGGGCCUAUCAAUGCAUUCCAAUAGUCACCUGGGCAUCUCACUUGCUGCCAUGACACACCUGGCAUCUGCAACCCCCAAUCUCGACUAUGCCUGUGAUACUCACUGGCCGUGGAAGCGUCGUGACGAGGACGUCAUCGUCGAUGACAAUCUCAAGUGGUCAGAUGGUGGUGUGACUGUGCCCUCUUUGCCAGGACUGGGCGUUGAGCUUGACAGGGCGAAGCUGGCAAGGCUUCACCAGCAGUAUCUCGACUGCGGCUUGCGGAAACGAGACGACACUACCUAUAUGAGGAAAUUCCAGCCGGACUUUUCCGCCAAGAUUCCCAAGUGGUGA